GGGUGGGCUGGGGCAGUGACUUCCGUGGAGGAGAAGCCUUUCAUAAGCUCCAGCCUUUCUGUGGCCACAGCAGGACGAGAGUGGACCAGCACACCCCAGGAGAGAGGACUGGGGUCCCAGGAGUAGGAGGAGCCCGAGCACCAUGAGCUCCGGAGCCCCUGCACACCUCGGCCUCUGCCUCUGGCUGUGGCUGGGCGCCACCCUGGGAAGAGAGCAAGUUCAAGCAAGUGGCCUCCUGAGGCUGUCUGUGCUGCCUGAGGACCGGCUGCAGAUGAAGUGGAGAGAGUCGGAGGGGAGCGGCCUCGGCUACCUGGUGCAGGUGAAGCCCAUGGCAGGGGACUCGGAACAGGAGGUGAUACUGACCACCAAGACCCCUAAGGCCACAGUGGGGGGCCUGAGCCCCUCCAAGGGCUACACCUUGCAGAUCUUCGAGCUCACUGGCUCUGGGCGCUUCCUGCUAGCUCGGAGGGAGUUUGUGAUUGAGGAUCUGAAGAGUAGCUCCCUGGACAGAAGCAGCCAGAGGCCCCUCGGCUCUGGAGCCCCGGAGCCCACCCCCUCCCACAUGGGGAGCCCAGACCCUGAGCAGGCUUCUGAGCCCCAAGUUGCCUUCACACCAAGCCAGGAUCCGCCCACUCCUGGUGGGUCAGAGUGGAGAGAGACCGGCCCCCAGUUCCGCUGCCUGCCCCCCGUGCCUGCUGACAUGGUCUUCCUGGUGGACGGGUCCUGGAGUAUUGGCCACAGUCACUUCCAGCAGGUCAAGGACUUCCUGGCCAGCGUCAUCGCACCCUUUGAAAUCGGGCCGGAUAAGGUCCAAGUAGGCCUGACUCAGUACAGCGGGGAUGCUCAGACUGAGUGGGACCUGAACUCCCUCAGCACCAAGGAACAGGUGCUGGCAGCUGUGCGCCGCCUCCGCUACAAGGGGGGGAACACGUUCACAGGCCUUGCCCUGACCCACGUGCUGGGGCAGAACCUGCAGCCGGUGGCUGGCCUCCGUCCAGAGGCAGCCAAGGUGGUGAUUCUGGUGACGGACGGCAAGUCCCAGGACGAUGUGCACACUGCUGCCCGUGUCCUCAAGGACCUGGGCGUGAACGUCUUCGCUGUGGGUGUGAAGAACGCCGAUGAGGCUGAGCUGAGGCUCCUGGCGUCCCCGCCGAGGGACAUCACCGUCCACAGCGUGCUGGACUUCCUGCAGCUUGGCACACUGGCUGGCCUGCUCAGCCGUCUCAUCUGCCAGAGGCUCCAGGGUGGGAGCCCGCGGCAGGGCCCAGCAGCAGCGGCUCCAGCCCUGGACACCCUCCCUGCCCCCACCAGCCUGGUCCUGAGCCAGGUGACCUCCUCCAGCAUCCGCCUGUCCUGGACUCCAGCCCCCCGGCACCCCCUCAAGUAUCUGAUCGUUUGGCGAGCCUCUAGAGGUGGCACCCCCAGGGAGGUGGUGGUGGAGGGGCCCGCCGCCUCCACGGAGCUGCACAACCUGGCCUCCCGCACAGAGUACCUGGUCUCCGUGUUCCCCAUCUAUGAGGGCGGGGUUGGCGAAGGCCUGCGGGGCCUGGUGACCACAGCACCUCUGCCUCCGCCCCGGGCGCUGACCCUGGCCGCAGUGACGCCCAGAACCAUCCACCUCACCUGGCAGCCCUCGGCCGGGGCCACCCACUACCUGGUGCGAUGUUCUCCUGCUUCCCCCAAGGGUGAGGAGGAGGAGCGAGAGGUGCAGGUCGGGCGGCCCGAGGUGCUGCUGGAUGGCCUGGAACCUGGCAGGGACUAUGAGGUCUCGGUGCAGAGCCUGCGAGGCCCUGAGGGCAGCGAGGCCCGGGGCAUCCAUGCCAGGACCCCCGCCCUGGCCCCCCCGAGACACCUGGGCUUCUCAGACGUGAGCCACGACGCGGCACGAGUGUUCUGGGAGGGUGCCCCAAGGCCUGUGCGCCUGGUCAGGGUCACCUAUGUCUCCAGCGAGGGUGGACACUCGGGGCAGACAGAGGCUCCUGGGAACGCCACCUCGGCCACGCUGGGGCCUCUCUCUUCCUCCACCACCUACACUGUCCGUGUCACCUGCCUCUACCCUGGGGGUGGCUCCUCUACGCUGACUGGCCGGGUGACCACCAAGAAAGCUCCCAGCCCAAGCCAGCUGUCCGUGACGGAGCUGCCAGGCGACGCAGUCCAGCUGGCGUGGGUGGCCGCAGCCCCGUCUGGCGUGCUUGUCUACCAGAUCACAUGGACGCCCCUGGGAGAGGGGAAGGCUCACGAGAUCUCUGUCCCAGGGAACCUCGGCACGGCCGUCCUGCCUGGCCUAGGGAGGCACACAGAGUACAACGUCACCAUCUUGGCCUACUACAGGGACGGGGCCCGCAGUGACCCUGUGUCCCUCCGCUAUACCCCCUCCACGGUGAGCAGGAGCCCACCCUCCAACCUGGCCCUGGCCUCGGAGACCCCCGACAGCCUGCAGGUCAGCUGGACACCCCCGCUUGGCCACGUGCUCCAUUACUGGCUCACCUACGCCCCCGCCUCUGGCUUGGGACCUGAGAAAUCCGUCUCUGUGCCAGCACCCAGGAGCCACGUGACACUGCCCGACCUGCAGGCAGCCACGAAGUACAGGGUCCUGCUCUCAGCUAUCUAUGCAGCAGGCAGGAGUGAGGCUGUGUCUGCCAUGGGCCAGACAGCAGCCUGCCCAGCCCUCCGCCCCGACGGCUCCCUCCCAGGGUUUGACCUGAUGGUGGCCUUCAGCCUGGUGGAAAAGGCUUAUGCGUCCAUCCGGGGCGUGGCCAUGGAGCCCUCUGCCUUCGGUGGGACCCCGACCUUCACGCUCUUCAAGGACGCCCAGCUGACAAGACGGGUCAGUGACGUCCUCCCAGCCCCCCUGCCUCCAGAGCACACCAUCGUCUUCCUUCUGCGCCUACUUCCCGAGACACCCCGCGAGGCCUUCGCGCUGUGGCAGAUGACGGCCGAGGACUUCCAGCCCCUCCUUGGGGUUCUGCUGGAUGCCGGGAGGAAGUCCCUGACCUACUUCCACCGCGACCCCAGGGCUGCCUUGCAGGAGGCCACCUUCGACCCGCAGGAAGUGAGGAAGAUUUUCUUCGGGAGCUUCCACAAGGUGCACGUGGCUGUGGGCCGCUCCAAGGUCAGGCUCUAUGUGGACUGCCGGAAGGUGGCUGAGCGGCCCCUUGGGGAGAUGAGCAGCCCACCCGCUGCCGGCUUCGUCACGCUGGGGAGGCUGGCCAAGGCCAGGGGCCCCCGGAGCAGUUCGGCCGUGUUUCAGCUCCAGAUGCUGCAGAUCGUGUGCAGUGACACCUGGGCCGAUGAGGACCGGUGCUGUGAGCUCCCUGCCUCGAGGGAUGGAGAGACCUGCCCGGCCUUCGUGUCUGCCUGUUCCUGUUCCUCAGAGACCCCUGGGCCCCCAGGACCUCAAGGACCCCCAGGCCUCCCUGGGAGGAAUGGCACCCCAGGAGAGCAGGGCUUCCCAGGGCCCAGGGGAGAGCCCGGGCCACCCGGACAGAUGGGACCAGAAGGUCCUGGAGGCCAGCAGGGCUCGCCGGGGACCCAGGGCCGCGCAGUCCAGGGGCCUGUGGGUCCACCAGGGGUCAAAGGAGAGAAAGGAGACCAUGGGCUCCCAGGCUUGCAGGGCCACCCCGGCCACCAGGGCAUCCCCGGGAGAGUUGGCCUCCAGGGACCAAAGGGAAUGAGAGGCCUGGAGGGAACUGCUGGCCUGCCUGGACCCCCUGGCCCCAGGGGGUUCCAGGGCAUGGCAGGGGCCAGGGGCACUAGUGGAGAGCGAGGACCUCCAGGGACCGUGGGGCCCACAGGACUGCCAGGGCCCAAAGGGGAACGAGGAGAGAAGCUCACGUGUCAAAGUUCGACUCCUUCCACAAGAACACCAGGCCCCCCAUGCCCAUCUUGGAGCAGAAGCUGGAGCCGGGCACUGAGCCCCUGGGGUCCCCUGGCACCCGCAGCAAGGCCCUGGUUCCUGGAGAAUGGGGGCGUGGUGGCCGCCACCUUGAGGGCAGAGGGGAGCCUGGAGCUGUUGGUCAGACGGGCAGCCCUGGGCAGCAGGGGGCUAGCACCCAGGGCCUCUGGGAGUGACAGGACAUUUUCUGCACUGCCCCGAGGAACGCUGAGCCUUCCUCCCUGGGUUUCUCUGGACACCGAGAGCGACCACAUCCUGGAGAAGCCAGGAGAAAAGCUCAGGAAGAGCCUGCAGGUGGAAGGAGAGAGAAGCAGCGGCCUCGGCCAAGGCCCACCCCAUGCUCUUGGCUCUGUAGCAUUUCCAAGUUCAGAUAAACCCCUGAGUGCUCACCCAGCCAAGCGAGGCGGGAGUCAUUUCCUGGGAGAGUGUCCCCCACCCUGGCUCCGUACACCCCACCUUGAGGCCCUGCAGCUUCAGCCGCAGUGGGGAAGGGGAGGGGCUGGGUUGAUGGCGAAUUGGGUUCAGGAGGGCAGCCGUGCCCUGUGGCCAUCUCAGUAGCUCUAAAACAGGCUCAACAACAGGCCCCGCCCCUUUCUCUGGGCCUCAUCUAAGCCUGGCCAGGGCCCUGCGGGCCCGCCUCUCUCUGCGCCUCACGCAGGCAACAGAUGGUUCCACUGCUGGCCCACCAGUCACCUGCACGAUGGCUCCUCCCUCAGAACAGCACUCCCACCCCGGCCCCAGCACCUUCACAUCUGGGCACAGGCAGGUCCCUGCCUGCCUCAUCAUCCCCUCUGUCCCCAGCCCAAGAAGGAGUUCAGAUCCUGUGUGUGAAUGGCCACCCCUCACCCACCCAGCCCUGUGCUGAGUUCCUUGUGCAGGGACAUUGCUUUGAGACUUGGCACCAUCAGCCCCUGGUCCUUAGGGUCUCAGAGCAAGGUCAUCCCUCAGCAGGCUUCUGGCCUGCGUGCUCCUCAGCACCUCUGCCCAGGUCUCUCCCAACCAUCACAGACGCUGUGUGAGCCUGGACUUCCUGCCUUAUCCCCACUGUGGCCCAAACAGCAUGGGGGCAAGCUCAGAACACACACCUGGGCUUCUGGGCCUUGUGGCCCGUGGGGGUGAUGUGGGAACUUCUACUUCCUUUCCAAACAAAUAUUCAGUAACUAGUCCACUGUUACCACUUAGGCAGCUAAGCAAGAAAGGUGCCAGAAAUGAAGAGGGAAGCCAUAUCAUUGAGGAGAGAAUGAAAAGUAUUAAAAAGGAACAAAGAGAGACCCUUGAUAUUGACAGAAGGAAAACCCACCAAGAUCACUAGUGCAGCAUUGCGUGCACCAAAGCAUACCCCAAAGAGGUGAGCGCAAAACAGCUUCGGGGCAAACACUUCAUCUAUGAUUCAACUGUUCCAGGAACUGACCAGACCUGGAGACCAAAUAGAGAGUCAUAGGCAGGGUCAGCAGGAUGGGAGAGAGUGCCUGCACCCACAGGAGCCACAGCCCUGACUGAGGCCAGGAAGCAGCCCCAAAUGCCAGCUCCCACUGCAGCAUGAGAACAGAAACAGACCACUGAAAAUUCCCAAAGUCUGUGGACAAAUCAGACGUCGAAGAAGUCAGGUGGCAUCGAGACAGAUUUUGCACUGAGGGACAAGGAGAGCAUGUGGCCAAAGUAGGUGCAGGUAAAGCAGCAUCUGGGGCAGAGUUAUAGCCUUCAGUGCAGGUAUCAGACACAGUUGUUGAGAGCAGCAGCCCAAGCCAGCCCCUCCGUCCUGCAGGGAGGACACCUAGGUCACUUGGCUUCUGUUGGGGAGUUGAGUUGCUUCAGAUUGUGUGACCAGCAACACAGCUUGGUUGCUCUCACUUGGUUUCUCCGGGGCAGGGAAUUACAUGUCCCCAGCUGAACUGAGAAGGCUCUUUGAGCAGUGGAGUGAGCAGGCUUUGUCAUGAGGCAGGAGUGGGGCUAGAAUCAAGCCCAGAGCCCACAGGGCAUCCAGAGCCUUCCAAAGGAGCCCCUUUCCUGGGGCUCUCCAAUUUGAUGAAGGGACUGGGCACUGGGUGGCUGAGACCACAUUGGCAGCCAAGAGGAGGCAGCCUGGCCGGGGGGAACCACGGUGGCUCUAAUCCCCACCACCCCCUCAGCUGCCCUACCCCCCGCCACCCUGGUGUGACACCAGUGAUGCUCAGCCUCAAAAGGGGAGUCCGGCUGUCUUCAGGAAACUGACUUUAUGCUGGAGGCCAGUUAAAAUGGCACAGCAAAGGCAGCAGCCAGCUGGUGCCCAGGCAGCUUAGGGACUGGUCCCUGAGGCCCCACCCGCCCCAGCCUGUGCAGUGGAGCUGAGUACGAAUCAAAGGUGAGGAUGGCAAGGGAGCUGAGAGCGGCCUCCGGAUGCACCAAACCGGCCUGGCUCCUGUUUGCAGGAAGGCAGCCUCCCCGAGACCCAGCCGACCUGCACGUCUCCCAUCAGCCCCGACUCCAUCGCAUCCCUCUGGGUUCUUUUAGGAGCCCCCAGGGACUGAGCUGGGGCUCACGCUCCUGGCCAGAGCGCUGGGUUUCUGGCAAUGCCUCCCCUGCUGCCUUUACGGCCACAGUUCUCCCCUCCAGAGGCCCCUCUGUAGUGGGCCUCGGUCCCCUCUCCACCCCCAGAGGCAGCACAGCUUCAGCCCUAUGCAGUGUGGGGGCUCCGGGAGGAAAUGCAGGGAGGUGCUUGGUCUUGGCCCAGAGCUCAUGGCCUUAGGUGCUGCCCCGGGUCACCCCCGUGCCCAUGCAGCCUGGAAUGUUCAGCUCGGGCCAGCCACCAAGGUGGUGUGAUGCAAGGCUGAUCUGACGCUCAGCUCAGGCCGCUGGGGUCAUGGGGGUUGUGGGAAGGUCAUGGAAUUACGGGGCUCACGCUGGGGUCACAGGGUGGUGUGGCUGUGCGGACUGUAAGGGGCGUGCAGCCGUGCGUAUCUGACCUGCCCUCCCUAGGUCUGCAGGCAGUGCCGAGUGGCUCUGCCUGAGGCCCCAGGAGCGACCCUGGAAGCUCCAGGCCUUCACAGCCCCUCUGAGAGCCACCUGCAAGGUGGGGAGCUGGGAAGAACGGCUCAGUGAUGAGCUCGGAGGGAGGGGUGGGCACAGCCCCCAGGAAGGCAGGUGCGUGCAGGCCUGGGAGGAAUGUGUAGCAGGAGGCAGGGGGUGCUGUGCCCGCAGGACCAGAAGGUGAGGCGUGUCCACCCACAGAGGAUGGCUCUGGCCCAGGCAGUGUCAGAAAUGGGAGCUGAGGAAACCCAACCCCGGCUGUAGAGGAGCCUGCCCCGAUGCCAUCUGCACCUGGGGGGCGACGUAUGGCUGCCAGCCUCUUCAUCUACCAAGGACCAGGGCAGUGGGGACGGGAGAGCUGGGACACGUGGACCCACACCAGGGCAGAUGGUGGGGGAAGCCAGUGUCUGUAGAUUCAGUGCAUUUCUUGGGGAAGGGCGUGGAACAUUUGGACUUGAGCCAGAGCACAGAGACGAUGUCAUAAUACAGCCCCCCGUCGUGAUCUGAUGGUAAGUACAGAACUCCUUGCCCAGUGGAGAAACACUCUCCUCUCAUGUGUGGAAUAUCCACACACUAACCAUGAACUGGGCCGUAAGAAACCUUACAUUCCAAAGGAUCCUGCUGUUCAGAACUCACUCACUGAUGAAACUGGAAAAACAACCAAUGAUAACAAGCUAAAGAAUGCCUCUAGAAGCUAAAAGACACACCCAUGACUCCACAAUAAUUCAUGGGUUAAAGAGAAAAAAGAAAACGUGAAGAUACUUGUAACCAAAUAAUGAUGGAUGCAGCACCAUGUCAGAAUCUCUGUGCUGCAGCUGCAGUGGUACCUAGAGGGCAAUUUAUAGCUGUAAAUACAGUGCUUUGUUUUGUUUUCUUGUUUUUUGAGACAAAGUCUUGCUCUGUCACCCAGGCUGGAGUACAGUGGCAUGAUCUCGGCUCACUGCAACCUCUGUGCCACCCUGGGCUCGUGGUCCUCCCACUCCGGUCUUCUGAGUAGCAGGAACCCCAGGCGUGCGCCACCACGCUUGGCUAAUGUUUUUUGUAUUUUUUUAAAUUGAGACAGGGUGUUGCCGUGUUACCCAGGCUGGUCUUGAACUUCCGAGCUCAAACGAUCCACCCUCCUUGGCCUCCCAAAGUGCUGGGAUUACAGGUGUGAGUCACCUCACCGGCCCUUAAACACAGUUUUUAGGGAAGAUUCCAACUCAAACAAUUUUAAAUAGUAGAAAAUAAACCCUGAAGCAGCGUGCAUUCAUUAGUACUGUGUUUGGCUGUAUUUAAUUAAAACCUGAUUGCCAUUGGCUUCCCUAAAUCAGUUUUUGCCAUCACACGUAAAGUCCUGUGGGCAGGAAUGGACAAUGAGGGAAUCCCGGGCUGUUUGGCCAUCCUUGGCAUGUAGCUGCCCUUCAUCACAAGAUGGCGGAUCCCUGCCCUUCAUCACAAGAUGGCGGAUCCCUGCCCUUCAUCACAAGAUGGCGGAUCCCAGCCUGUUUGGCUGUCCUUGGCAUGUAGCCGCCCUUCAUCAGAAGAUGGCAGAUCCCAGCCUUUCAUCACAAGAUAGCGGAUCCCUGCCCUUCAUCACAAGAUGGCGGAUCCCAGCCUGUUUGGCUGUCCUUGGCAUGUAGCUGCCCUUCAUCACAAGAUGGUGGAUCCCAGCCUGUUUGGCUGUCCUUGGCAUGUGGAGCUGCCCUUCAUCACAGGAUGGCAGAUCUCAGCCCUUUAUCACAAGAUGGCAGACCCCAGGCUGUUUGGCCGUCCUUGACAUGUAGCUGCCCUUCAUCAGAAGGUGGCAGAUCCCAGCCCUUCAUCACAAGAUAGCAGAUCCCAGCCCUUCAUCACAAGAUAGCAGAUCCCUGCCCUUCAUCACAAGAUGGCGGAUCCCAGCCUUUCAUCACAAGAUGGCGGAUUCCAGGCUGUUUGGCCGUCCUUGGCAUGUAGCCGCCCUUCAUCAGAAGAUGGCAGAUCCCAGCCCUUUAUCACAAGAUAGCGGAUCCCUGCCCUUCAUCACAAGAUGGUGGAUCCCAGCCCUUCAUCACAAGAUGGCGGAUCCCAGCCUGUUUGGCUGUCCUUGGCAUGUAGCUGCCCUUCAUCACAGGAUGGCGGAUCUCAGCCCUUUAUCACAAGAUGGCAGACCCCAGGCUGUUUGGCCAUCCUUGGCAUGUAGCUGCCCUUCAUCAGAAGGUGGCAGAUCCCAGCCCUUCAUCACAAGAUAGCGGAUCCCCGCCCUUCAUCACAAGAUGGCAGAUCCCAGCCCUUCAUCACAAGAUGGCGGAUCCCAGCCCUUCAUCACAAGAUGGCGGAUCCCAGCCUGUUUGGCCGUCCUUGGCAUGUAGCUGCCCUUCAUCAGAAGAUGACUGCUGCUGCUCCAGGAGCUACACCUCACUUGGGGGAAGGGGCGGGAGUCCUCUGGGUGAAGAGCAACAGUGUUAACAGGAGUCCCACUUGGAGACUUCUGCUUGUCCCUAAUGACAAAGACUGCAACUCUCCUUGUCCAGAAAACAGACGUUUUAGCUGAACACGUUACCACCUCCCACAGAGUGAUUAAACGCGCUGUGUAGGGCUCGAUGUGGCUUCAAGUAACAAUAAUAACAGGAUAAGAGUGGCUCUCGCGGUGUGGAAGUGACCUUCUCAGAGGCACGGGGAGGCCUCUUUCCCUCACCUGGCUCUGCAUCCUCCACACAGGACACUGCCCUUGUUUCCACUGUUGGGUCAUAUUCCAACAACAGGAAGAAGAGGAGGGAGGAGAAAGGCUGGCCCGGAAUCGGGUCACAUUCCAACAACAGGAAGAAGAGGAGGGAGAAGGGCAGGCUCGGAACCUUGAAGGGCACAUUCCAAAGGUGUCCUUGCCACUGUCAGCUACAUCCCUGUGGCCAGACGUCGGUCUCACGGCCAAGCUGAGCUGCAAGAGUAGAACCUUUUCUGGCUCCUCCCUGAGGCAAGAGGGGAAAGGGAGAGUGGGGCCAGCCGUGGGCCAGCCACGGGGUGGGGAAGGCGGCCCCCACAUCCCGGAGGGCUCAGUGAAGUGCACCUGGCCAGAGAAACGAGAGGGCCACCACAGUGCUGGGGCAGAGAGGACAAAACCAUGGAUGAAGACAAGGCUGAAAACCAGAGCCCUCUGACCCAUUUUACGCCAACAGAUCUGCAGGCCCAGGUGAAAUGGGCGUUCAGACAUCCGCAUUUCCAGAAGAGUCCCCACAGACUCCUGGAAACAAGAUGGCCACUAACAGAGGCUCCUGCCUGGUGAGACGCCAGGACUGGGGAGGGAGCCCGACAAAUCCAGGAUCUGAACACAGAAACGGAGAAACCCUGGGGACGACUCAGGCCACCCUGUGUGUGCACGUGUGUGCGUGUGUCUGCGUGCAUGUGUGUGCGUGUGUCUGCAUGCAUGUGUGUGCGUGUGUGUGCGUGCACGUAUCUGCGUGUGUGCGUGUCUGCAUGCACGCGUGUGCGUGCGUGUGCAUGCACGUUUGUGUGCGUGUGUCUGCGUGCACGUGUGCACGUGUGUGCGUGUGCAUGCACGCGUGUGUGACAGUAGCCCACAAGAAACCGUUACAUGACAAUGGACUGUCUCCUCCCCAAAUCCGUACACACACACACGAGGCAUGCAUUUGCAAACACACACCCAUACACACACGUACUCACACAUUCGUGCAUGCACAGCGCUGUUAUCCAUGUUGAGGGGACGUAUUCACAAGGGAAGGUGGGGUAUCCGAGAUCAAAAGCAUUGGGAGAGACAAACCGGAGAAUCUGUACCAGGCAGAGAAGAAUUCAUGUUUGUUCUCUUUGAUCUAUUAAUUUUUUAAAAUUGUAAUCUCUUAAAGAGGCAAGGAGGGAUAUCGGUAACAUGACGCCAGAAUUAUAGGUAUAAAGGAAAACCAACUAGGAAUAUGAUGUGUAUAAAACAUAAAAAGAGAAAUGUUAAAAGCGGAGCUGUAAGAUCAGGUCUGAGACGUCUCCCAGGAGGCUUUGGGAAAAGAUAAAAAGGAAACAGAAAAUGUAGGUGUCAGCACCCACGCCACGGGGGCUCUACGAGGAAAGAAACAGCAAGAGGAGGGGGAAAGGUUGAAACAACUGGGGUUUCUGAAGAUUUGUGCAUUAGAGAAAGAUUUAAGAUCUCAGAUUAAAAGGGCCUAGAACGUCAAAUGGAAUAAAUUUUUAAAUGUACCCUUAGGUUCCUCAAUGCCAUAUAUAAUGCAGUACAUAAUGAUGACGGUGAAAAACAGUCUUUUAAAAAUCUUCAGUACAUGUCCUAAAAUUGGAACGAUACAGUGAAGAUUAGCAUAGCCCCAUGUGCUGGGAUGACACACAGUUAAAAGAAAAAAAAUAGAAAUCUUUCCGGGGAAAACCUGCAGCCCAGACUGCAGAAGAACCAGGGGCCAGCAGAGGAGACGCUGGGACGGCGGCUCCACAGGGUUCAAGAAAACACGCUCGCGUUUCAUAUCUACAGAACUAUCACUUAAAUGAAUGAGACAAAAAUACACUCUGAAUCCCCGAGAGCGUCAGAAGGAGUCACACGCAAGAUCUUCUCUGAAAAUACCACUGCAGGAGGUAUUCUGCAGAAAAAGGAAAAUGAUCAGAAAUUACACCAGAUACCUGGGAAAACCCCACAGUAAGUGUAAAACUUAGUGAAGUUCCCUAUGGACCAAAUAAUCAAACCCUUCACCCCAGACAAAUCAUGUCUGUGGCAAUCCAGAGCUGAAAUUCUAGGUUAUUCCAGUGUGGCUGGUGCGUGGGAGGCCAGAAUUCCUGAAGGCACGCUGGGGUACUUGUUUUCUUUGGAGGUGGGAGGCAUUUUUCAGGUCAAUAUACUAAGCUCUUGAAAAACAUAAAUGCUUGUUUUGAGUUAGGAGCAGUCACCAGGGAAUGUGUAGCUUCCAGAGCAGCUGGCUAUACCAGUUUUCUCCCACAGAAGGGAUGGAACAUAUUUCCACAACAACAACAAAAAACCACAGAGUUGGCCUAAAUAUAUCCCGCUGUAGUAGAAACUGCAAUACCUUUCACUGAUCGAAGGAUGAAUUCUCCAAAUGGCAUUUAAAGAUGACAUGCAGCUUUCUGCUUCCAGCCGUGAUGGAGCAGUCCUGGGCCAGUAACAGCCACAGAGCUGGGUAACACGCUCGCGACACUGUCUCCAGCCACGUCCACGGGAAUGGUGCUCAAACAAUGAGCCUCCACCCUUAUCUCACACCAGACACAACAGUUAAUUCAAAGACUCUCACCUAAACACCAAAACCAGAACUACACUUUCCAAAAGGAAAAAACGGAAGAUCACAUUUACAGCCUCGGAGUAGGCAAAGGCUUCUCAAACAGGACACACGAAGCACUAACCAUUAAAACCAACAGAAGGAAAAAAUGACACUUUGUCAAAAUUCAAAGCUUUUCUUCAAAAGACACCAUUAAGAGAAUGAGGGCUGUCAGAGGCAGAGAGGACCUACUCUGACCACAAGUCCUGGAUGGAGGUUUUACAUCCAGAAUGUACACAAAAUUCCUACAACUCACUAAAAGCAGACAAUCUGAUAAAACAAUGGGCAAAAUAUUUCAACAGAUCCUUCACAAAAAGAAGACAUACAAGUGGCUCGUAAGCACCUAAAAUGGUCAACAUCACCAUCAUCAGGGAGGCACAUAUGAAAAUCACAGUCACUGCAACGGCUAAGACACUGGGUGCUGGUG